CCGCUGUCACUGUAAAGUGUAAACAAACAGCAAAGGUGACUGACCGUCGUCUGAACGAAUUUCAAAGACGUUGACAUUACGAUUAGAAUAACCAAUUAGAAAUGUAGGAAUUAGAAGAGUUGUCUCUCCUAGAGUAGCCAUGAGUAAGAUCAGAUCAGAUGAUUCAGGCAACUAAUCCAGACUGUAUAAAGAGGAGAGAGAAACUUUUAAAUUAGGAAAUAUGGAUGUUGAUGCUGACAGCACAAGUGAUAAUGAACCAUCUAAGAGUGCCUACCCAAGUGAUUCUGUAUUGGCAUCACAGAGCGAUGUGCUCAACGAUAGUCAUCAAGAUAUGAGCACGAGCAAAUCCCACCGCAGUGGUGGAAAACAUGGAUCGAAGACUCAUAUGCUUGGAAGUCCCUAUUAUGAAGGUGAUGGUAAAAAUUAUGAAUAUAGUGAUUCCGAAGCCCAUGUACGAAAGAGUGCUGGUAGAACCUUUGCAAAUGAGGAAAGUAAUGAUAGCAUUAAUGAAACUAGUUUAGAUGAAACAAGUUUCACAUCUGUGGGUUCUGACAGUAAAAACCAAAGUUCUUCAGAGCUCUCAGUAGACCCAGUUGUAUGGAAGAAGUUCAAGUUCCUCUCAUCCAUAUUGAAGGAGACCCAGCACAACCUAAGGGCAAUGGAUGACCUUAUACUUGAGCAUCGCCGAAUUCAGGACAUAACAAACCUUCAGAUGGCUCAGAACAGAGCAACAGGAUCCUGCAGCCAUUUAUCUUUAUCAGAUAACCAGAAGCUGGGAGAAGGGGAACCAAAGACUGAUGAAGCUAAGCUUGAAGAAAUUCUUGGUCUCCUGCACAACUUAACUUCCACUCUGUCUUCCUAUGAACAACACCCACUCUUGGCUUCAGCCACACAAGCUUCUGAAGUAGCAACAUCGUAUGCUUCAGCUUCACAACAGUUUCACCAACUCUUAUCCGUUCCAUCAAAUAAUGAACCCACAGGGCAAAAGCAGUCUCCCCAACAACAGUCUUCCCAUGAGAAGUACAAUAUUCAAUUGUCAGACAGCCAGCAGCAGCUUUCUCAGCACAGCUUGUCCUCCCUCACUAAGUCACAACAGAGCUUUUGCCAGCCUGUUGAAUCUCUCCCUGUUACUGAGCAUCUUUCACUUGAUAGAUUUUCUAGCCGUCCAGAAAUUUUGCCAAUUGAAAGAGGUCUCAGGUACUUUGAAGUGAAUAGCAUUGUGUCAGAUGCUUUGCUAAGUCCCCAGAUGAGUCAAGAUUCCUUGAAAUCUAAUCUGAAUACUCUUAGAGCAGAAGAAGGGACAAGGAAUAUAUUUUUUCAUUCUACACCACAGUGUUCUGCAUCAUCAGAACGACCACAUCAGCAUCAUCAGGAGCCCUUCACUCAUCCCUUGACAAAAGAAACUCGGUCAUUAAGGAAAGAUAUUGAUGAUAUUGUUAUUAGGAAACAAGCCUUAGAUUCUAGGUUACAGUCACUUAUAGCUCACCGAGCAUCACAGAAGGAAGCGGAGUGUGAACAGUCAGCAGCCAAGAGCAUAAAAUCUAAUCAUGUUCCAAAGAGCCAGAGUAUAGAUGAGGUUAGUGAAAAGAGGAAAAAAUAUCACAUGAAAAAAUACAAAGGUCAUAGCAAGAGUCAGGAUGACCCAUCUCUCCAGUCAAGUGGUGCAGGAACAUCCUUCCGUGACACAUACUUAAGCAUGAUAAGUGAAGACAAAGAUGAAUUUCCAAGCCUUGUCAUGGGUAGUUUUGAGCAUGAGGAGAAAAUUACAGAGCUUCGCAAAGAUGAGGCAGACUUACCAGGACUUGGUGAUAGUGGGUUGAGUAGUGAGAUUAAUUCCAUUAAUGCCACCAUUCAAGAACUCAUACGGGAAAAUCAGCGUUUGCACACCUUUCUCCAGGGAAUAACAUGUGAAUCCAUUGCAAAAGUGGACCAACAAAAAUUAGAGCUAGAAGCUCAGAUUCAGUCUCUAAAUGAAGAAAAUCAUUCCCUAAAGAUGGCAAUGAGUGGUGGAAGUACUGAUAAAGAAGAAUCAAAAGCAGCAGAAAAUGAAGAUGCUCUCACCUCCAAACAAGAAAAUAAGUCAGUGACAUUUCUUUUAGAGGAUAAGAGUAAGAAGGCAAAUAAAUUAGAAGAUGAACAAGAUUCUGUUUAUAAGCACAGUUCAAGAGGAACUGUAUGUAGUCAAGGAAAUUUUGAUGAAAUUGAAUCUUUGUUGCAAGAAAGUGAUUCUAUCACUGCACAGCCCUGUAGUAAUACUAAUAAUGCACUAUUUAUUGAAAUGGAAGAGCAGCAAGAAUUGUUGGAUAAGAUUAAAACCCUUGAGGAUAAAGUUGAUUAUUUAACAAAACAGAAUAAUGAUCUUUUAAUUAAAAGUCCUCCAAAGAUAGAUGUGAAAAAAAACAAUUUAGAUAAAGGGGAACAAAUGUGCAAUCUUCAAAGUGAUUUAAGAAUAGAUGAUAUGUCAGAUAUCUCUAGUUCGGACAAGUCUAAUAAGGAAGUUGAAAUUCUAAAAGGGAAAGUGAAAAAAUUAGCAGAAGAGAAAAAUAGACUAGAGUUUAAGCUUAAUGAUGAAAUCACCUCAAGGGACAUGGAGUGUUCAAGACUUGAAGCUCGAAUCCGCAUUCUUUCCGGACAGAAUCAGUCUCUAACAAGCAAAUUCCUGAAAAAUGAAACAGAUUUUCAGAUGUUUAAGGCAAAGGAAAAGUUUUCCUUGAAUUCUGGUAGUUUUGUUGAAAAUGUUCCAGUAGAGAGAGACACUGACAAUGAUUCUGCCAUCGGUGAAGUGGUUAUUGCACCAGAUUAUACUAACAGUAUCCUUAUCAAGUCAACCCGUGUUGAGGAUAAACCAAAAGUGGUGGUGGUAGAAGGUGAAAUGGAGGAUACCAGAAUGCCACAUGAAAUCAAAAUUGAGGAGCUGACCCAAAUAGUUAAUCAUGUAGAGAAGGUUAAGAGUAAAGCAGAAUUUGAUGUUUUACCGACACAUGGAACCGAGACCAUCGCUAAUAAAUUUUCAGAUAGAAUUAAUACUCUUGGUACUGCCAUUGAUAACCAUGGUGGUGGUUCCAGUGACCAUACUCUUGUAGAAGAAACAAAUGGUGUUAUGUUGAAUCCUGACAAGAAUGAAGCAAGUAAUGAGAAUGUCCAAACCCUGGGUAUUGCAGACCCUGGGAAAAGUAUAACACCAGAGUUUGAGUUUAGCAAAAACACUGCUGUUCAUGGUGGAGAAGGGAGACAUGUUACAUACAGUUCUCAACAAAGCAUUAAAUCAAUUGAUCAUCCAAAGUCAUUAGAAGUGUCAGAGAGUGAUGUUAAUAUGAAUGUAUCUGGGAAUGGCAUUGGUUUUAGGAAUGAAGACAGUAAACUAACUGAGCAGCUGUCUUUACUGAUGCAGCAGAGUGGGAUACUAAUGGAAGGUUUGAAUGAAAUAAGAAAUUCCACAAAAAUAUCUGAAAUGUCUUUUGAAACAACUUUGACUCACAUGUUUUCAGAACACAGACAGAUUAUAGAAGAAAUCAAACAAAAAUUGGAGAAUGCAAGAUCCUCAGAGAGAAAAGAGUUUGAAGAGGAAAUAGAUAAAUUAUCAAAGGAGAAACAAGAGCUGGUGUCAGAUUUAGAAAAUAAACAAAAUCAAAUUGAAUCUCUGAACAUUAAAAAUUGCUUACUUGAAAAGAAACUUCAUUUUACUAGGAAAAGUACAGGGAAUAAGGUUGAGGCAGAAGAAAAAACAAAUGAUUUAUCUUUAACUGGUGAGGACAAAGAUAAUGAAUCUGCAAAAGUCAGAGGUUUUCAGCAGUCUUCUAGAGUCAAUGGUGACAGACAGGCAACAGACUCUUCAUCAGGAAAUGGUUCCCACUCCUUUGAUGGGGCUCAGUCAUUGGAAGAGGUGCCAUUAAGGAGGCAUACUUCAAGUGUUGACAUUUGUUCUAAUAAAGGUGCUGAUUCAAGUGGGAAUGGAGGAAGUACUCCCAGGAGACAGGACUUGUUGCUAUAUAAAAAGGAAAAACAAAACUGGGCCAGGCUUCUUGAACAGUCAGAGGCUGAAAAGCAAGUUUUACGAGAACGAAUAUCAACACUAGUAAAUGAGAAUGACUGCCUAGCAGCAAGACUUGAAGAAGUAAUGGGUGUAUCUAGAAACCUAAGUGACCAGGUUCAUAGUACCAAGGAACAGCUCUUGAAAGUGUCAUCUGAAAAGGAAGACCUACAAAAGAAAUUCAAGUUAUUAGAAGAAGGGAAGGAAGACAGUUCUUUGAGUUUAUCAGACUCAGGAGCCAGCACUAGACUUACACAGAGAUUGAGGGAAAGAAUACGAACUUUGCAGGGAGAAGUUUGAAGAGCUUGGCAGGAGGUCCAUGUACGUACCAUGGAGAAGGAUAAGAUUCAGGCUGAAAAAGAGAGUCUUGAGUACACAUCAGGCAUUGCAGUUGCCACUGUUAAAAAAGAGAGUAUUGAGGCAAAACUUGAAGAAUCUUUACCAAAACCAGUAGCUUCAGCUCAUCAUAGUGCCCUCCAAAAAUCAAAUCAAGGUACUCCAAGAAGUGAACGACAUUGGACAGAUAUAGUCACAUAUUUGAAGAGCCAACUGCAUGAGGAACAGCUACGAUCUCGCCUACUAGAGGCAGCUGAACGUGAGAGUUCUGCUAGAAUAUUAGUUCUCCAACACAGUGUACGGGAUACAAUUGAAGCACAUGAAAAUCUCCAGGCAAAAUACAAGCAGCUUCGUGCAGCCUAUCGUGCCAAAAAGAAGGAUAAGACUGCACAAAAGGAGUUCACCCAGCAAUAUUCAUCACAAAUCAAGGAACUCUAUAAUACCUCCAAUGCUCUAGAAGAAAAUUAUAAGUUAAUGUUGUCAACCUUGGGAGAGAAUAUUGAGAUUGCUGUUGGAAUUUUAACAUCUCAUGUGUUUCUGUCUCCAUGCAUGGUUCAUCCAACUUCAGAUCUCCGCAAAAAUCCAGAGUCAUGGUUUGCAUCACAACUGGGAAAGCUAAGGUGGUUACAAACACAACUGAGAAAGCUUUGUCUGCAUACAUGGAAAACUGCUAAUCUCCCUAGAACCUCAAAUCUUGGUUUCACUACAUUAGAUGAUUCAAAUGAAAGUGAAAAUUCUCCCGAAGAUAAAUCAUCAAAAGUAACCAUGCAAGAAACAUCCAAAGAGGGUAUUAAGCUGUGUUCAAGUUCUUCAAACUCACCUAUCAAAUAUAUGAAAAAAUCUUGCCUCUCUGAGCUCUCUAUUUUGGAUGACAGUCAAUCUUACCCAAGUACGCCAGUGAAAAAGUUGAGCAUGUCUGGCAUGGUAGGUUGCAAUGGUGGAUCUUCAUUAAAUGCAUUUUCCUCACAAAAAGCAGGAAGUUCUGGUAUAAUUCACAUGUCUGAAGGAAACUUAAGGGAUCCAGGUACUUUCAGAGUAUCUGAUCAAAUAACACAGGGAAACCUUCAGAGUACCUCGAUGUUUAGUAAUAGUGCUAUGGCUGUAAGUGAAGCAAGAAAUAUCUUAUCCCUUCAACAGCAACAGCUAUCAGAAGCCAAGUAUCGCCAGUACAAAGCUCUUGUUUCUAGUCUUCAAAAGGAUUUGGAAUGUUCAGCAGUUUUUUCUCCAAGUGUUCCCUCCUCAGUUACAACUACACCUGAAGAUGCUGACUUGCCUUUGCAUGGCAGUGGCAAAGGCUUGUAUGUUGAAAGUUUUGAUAGUUCCUCUGAAAAUGGGGAAGUGGAAUCACACUCGUCAUCCAAGACUUUAGUGUCUGCCUCAUCUUCAGGACAAUCUUCUGAAACUAAUGGGCUUUCUCGGGAUCUCUCAGAAAGUCAGAAGUCUUGUCAAAGUGGUAAAUCAGUUUCAUCUAGCUCCCAUCAGCCCAUACUGCCAAGAGAACUUCUUAAAGAAGAUGAAGAAAGUUUAGCAGUAAUUCAGGCUAACAACAUGGAUAGUAAAGCCAAAGGUAAUAAAACUGAAUCAAAAAAUGGUGUUGAUAGUGACAAGGAUCAGGAUAGUUGGGAAGCAGGAAACGAAGACAUCAUUAAAACAUUUGUUGACAAAGAGGAGGAUGAAGGUCUUGAUUUUGAUUAAGUCUGCUCUUUUUGUAAAGGUCUCGAUCAUAAAACGCUCAUAAAUGUUCUCUCCUUCAAUGAAAUCCAGUUGAGGUAUGUUGAUGGUGAGUAAAAUGCUGUCGAGCGCUAAUUUUGCUUCACAUUUUAUAGAAAUAAUAAUAGGAAUUAAAAGUGUCAGAGUUAAAAAACGAGAUGAGGAAACUGAUUAUUAAUUUUAUGAAGUACAAUCAUUUAUUGUUCAUAUUUGAAUGUGUGUGAAUGCUGCGGUUGAUCCAAAGGAACAGAAAUCAUAAAAAUUGUGUUAAUCAUUGGUGGAGGUCAGUGCAACCACAUUAAACUUACACUAGUCAGAAUUUUCCUUUAUUAGGACUAGAGGACCUUUCAUAUUUUAUAUAAUAAUAUGCACUGUGGUACUUAACAUAAUUAUGUUGUUUUGGGAUGAAAAAUCUUCCAGCUGGGAAGGUUCCUUUUUGUUGUCUUUGGAAAAAGAGGAAUUCAUAUCCCUGAUAGGUAAUAUCACAACAAAACAUUUUGUGGAAAAGGGCUGUCUAAAUUGAAAAAUAAUGGGUUUAGGCAAAAUUUGGAAAGUUGGAAGUACAUUACUGUAUUUGUUAUAGAAAAAAAAUUCUGGUUCAUACAUUUGUCAUAAUAAACAAUAUUAUGUUAGCUUUUCAUUUUUGGGAUUAGAAGUCAGUGAGUUGUCUCACACAUGUUUCUUUCAUGUGUGCACACUUCCUGGAUUCCCUUCAGAUCUAGGUGUUCAUCUGUUUCCUUGAUCCAUGAUUUCCUGAGCCUUCCUACUAUACUCCGUCCACCUACUUCCCAUACCUACAGCUUUUCUGACUAGCCCUUUAUCCCCUCUCUCUUAUAUGCCCCAACCAGUUCAGAAUAUGAGAUCUCAAUUUGUUUUCUGUCAUCUUCAUUCAUAACACAAUCUUCCCACUGCAGUCUGGCUAUAAAUAUCAGUAUUAUGUAGCCACACCUUUUCAGAAUUCCCGGCUGUCUCUUAUAACUGGAUAUUUUCAUUUAUAUUCAGCCUAGCCCUCUCUUUCCAUUUCUUCUUAGUUGAAGUUAUAUAUUUUUCUUACUACCCUCUUUAUCUCUGCUUCACAGUCCAAUCUGUCCUAAAGAUAACAGAAAUAUGGUACCUCUUCUAAGAACUGUUCUUCUACCACACGGUUCUCCACUAUCUUUUCUUUUCCAUUCUUAUACUACUUAAUGGUCAUUGAUGAUCACAGGCACAGUGAUUGUUUUGCAAUCCUGAACAGUACUGAGUUCACCCUCACACCUGCCACACAGCAGCCACAUGACUACCUUAACAGCACGUUUUCCUUUCUUUCUCUGUGCUUACAUUGUCCUCACCCUUAUUUUGCUCUCCCACCUUUUAAAUGGGUCCACAACCUCAUACUUCAGUUUGACAUAAAAAAAAUCCUGGACAUUUAGAAGUUUCAGUGGGAUAUCUUAUAAGCAAAACACAAAAAUUUAAUUGUGUAUAUACUUCAUUGUAUAGGAAAACUAAUUUGUAGUAGUAUUCCAUGAAAAUGAGGUUAUACUUUUAUCUUGGCUAAAAAAAAAGAGAGUUUUUACAGUUAUGUCAGUAGCUCAAAUAGCAUCGUUCAAGUUAAUUCUAGAAGCAGCUCUAGAGUUCAGAAUUUGUUUUUGAGUAACUCAGAUACUACAUUCAGGUUAAUUCUUGAAGCAACUCACAGCACAGAAUUUGUUUUUGAGUUCAGUAGGUAUCAAGCAACCCAGUGACUGUACAAGUCUUGCAUAUAAGAAAACUGUGUGUGCUUAAUGUGUCAAAUUGUGCAUUGUUUUAGGCUACAUAGGAGAAGGAGCUAGCUUAUAUGUGCCUUUAAUCUUUGCUUAUCAUUACAUUUUUUUCCUCUGAAAAAAUGUGUAGUUUCUCAUAGUCUUGAAAGCGAAGUAGUUAUAGUCUUGUACCUAGUACUAAUUAGCAAAUUUGCACCAUCAUCAGUUUACUGUAAUAUGAACUAGUACAGUGAACCCCCUGUGUUCGUGGGGGAUACAUACCAGACUCCCCCCGUGUAGUAUAGCUAGAAUUCACAAAUACUUAGAACCCCUCCAAAAAUGCUUAUAACGCAUAUCUUGAAAGUUCAAAUACCAAAUGUAUACUUAAAGUAUCAUCCUACAUCAAAUAUACCUUAAAUUACUAUUCUAUGACUGUAUUAAUCUUUGACAUGAUAUAAUUAAUAUAAUUUCAAAAUUAUCUUAAACAUUUUACCAUUAGAAAUAUAUACAUGCACCCAGUAAUACAGAGAGAGAGAGAGAGAGAGAGAGAGAGAGAGAGAGAGAGAGAGAGAGAGAGAGAGAGAGAGAACAUAUAUUUGAUCAUCAAAAAUGAAAUCAUUUAUGAAUUAUUUCAGAGACAGAGAAUACAUAUGAGAGAGAGAGAGAGAGAGAGAGAGAGAGAGAGAGAGAGAGAGAGAGAGAGAGAGAGAACGAAGACAUAUUUGACCAUCAAGAAUGAAAUUAUAUAUGAAUUAUUUCAGAUAUAGAGAAUACAUAUGAAAGAGAGAGAGAGAGAGAGAGAGAGAAUGACUCCUUAUGAUAUCAAAAGAUUGAAAUGAACCUUAAUUGGCUACACUUUUUCCCCUCUGCCUUUAGUAAAUCUCUUCCAGAGAGAGAGAGAGAGAGAGAGAGAGAGAGAGAGAGAGAGAGAGAGAGGAAUGCCUUCCCCCUACCUCACAACUUAAAAGACAAAAGACUGGGAAAAUUCUGUUCUUUAAUUCUUUUUAAAUAACUUACAAUAGAAAUAUUGUAUUAUUAUUAUUAUUAUUAUUAUUAUUAUUAUUAUUAUUAUUAUUAUUAUUAUUAUUUAGUCUUAAUAAUAUUUGAAAAUUAGUAGUUAUUAUGUAUUAGGAAAUAAUUUAUUUAUCAUACAAAACAAAGAAAGAGAGAGAGAGAGAAUUAUUAUUAUUAUUUAAUAUAAUUUAAUCUUAUUAAAGUUAAUACAGUAUUAAUCAAUAUUAAUAUUUGAAAAUUAUUAAAUCUUUUUUUGUACCUUAAAAAUGUAUUUAGUCAUGAAAAUAACUUCAAAAUACACUAGUAAUUAGUGAAUAUUUAUCAACAGAUAAAUAUGUGUUAAUACCAUUGGUUAAAGAGAGAGUUUCCCUGAGAAAGAGAUUUUUCAGUACGUAUAACCUUUGACCUCAAGAUGGCAGCAAUUACUAAUAGACUCACUAAGAUCACAACACUUCCCUACCCUUGCUGUCAGGUUUCUUGACAUUUGUGACAGCUCCACCCUCAUCCCUCUCUCCAAGUCUUUAUGCUAAAAGACUUGUUUUUCCUUCAUUCUUACAUAAUUUUUUUAUUUAUAAACUAAAAUCUUACUAAUUCACUGUAGUAUUUUCUUUAAUGAAUUGAUAAUAUUGCUGUUUACAUUAAUAUUAUUUGAAAGUUAGUAAAUCAUUUAUUUAUCAUACACCAAAAACAUACACCUCAGUUAGAGAGAGACAGACAGAGAGAAUUAUUAUUUUUAUUUAAUAUCAUUUAAUCUUAUUAAACUUAACACAAUUAUUAAUCAAUAUUAAUAUUUGAAAAUUAGUAAAUGAUUUUUGUAUCAUUAAAAUGUACUUAGUCAUAAGAAUAUGUAAUGUCAAAAUACACUAAUUAGUGAAUAUUUAUGAAAAAUCGACAAAUAGUGAGUGUGCAAAUACGGGGGGUGACUGUAUGUCUUGCACACUUUGUCCAUGAUGGGUGGGGUUAUUUAGAAAUGUUAUGAGCACUUUUUAUUUUAUUUCUAUAAACUGACUGUGAGACAUAUAUUAAUUUUACUUUAUUGGUACAGACAAAUGAACAUUGCAUAGAAAGUGUAUAAAACAUGUUGCAUAUACAGUAUGUUUAUUUUUUUAUAAAUUUUAUCCAUUUAUUAGCCAAAGUCAUUAAACAUUAUUCCUUGUAGUGUACCUGAAGUAAGGAAGUGCUUUAUAUAUUUUCCGUCCAUGGCUUGCAUAUCUGAUGAUGAGUAGUGUCUAUGAUGUUUGAUAUGCAGUAUCAGAUGUGACUCAGUGAAUUAUUCAUGCAUUGUAAUAUUAUGUGAAGGCAUCACUAUAUUUUGUUGGUUUAGCUUACUUCAUUUCACACUGUUGUUCACACAUUCAUGUAGGUUUCUUGAAAUGUGGGAUCUUUGAAGCUAGAUUUUUAUACAUAGUUUUACACUUUUAUUUAAUAUUGAGUGUAUCUUAAUUGCUGAGAACAUCAUGUUUUGUUCUCUUUUCUCAGUUAAAAAUAAUUUUGUUUCAUUAUAAGUUGGUUUGACAUACAAAACAUCUUUCCAGUAGCUGUACUUUGUUCCAGUUGUCCUCUUGCCUUUAUGAAGAAGAUUAGUAGUACAGUAUUAAUCUUAAAACUCAAAAGAGAGCAACUGCUUUAUGAAAUCUAGUCCCAUCUAUGAAAUGAGUUUGUGGUGAAAGUGAUGAUCAUGGUGAGCACCAAUGUUCAUGUUUCAUCAAAUUUCAUCAUAACUUCCAAGUAUCAGAUACUACCUUUUUCCAGCAGUCUAAUAAUUUGACAAUUGUACCACCUUCAAAGAUAAACUAUUACUCUAUGCUUAUGCAAUAUUUCAUCUUUUUUCAAUUUAUAAUAAACACUUAUGUCAUUAAUUGUUUGUCUGGUAGGAUUAGAGCUCAAUGUUAACAUGCAAAAGGUAUCUUAAAAAUGCUUUUUUUUAUUUUCUUCAAAGUUAACAGCCAUUUUUAAUUUUUUAGAAUUGUCUUGCUCCUUUUCAUAUAAGAUGGCUUCACAUAUAGUAUGGAAUUUAAUUGGGUAUAAUGAAAACUAAGUGCUUUACCUUUUUAUAAAUAGUACUAUUACUUGGCAGGGAGUUUCUAUUUAGGAUGUGGCUUGUGUUGCACCGUAGGGAGUGCUAAGAUCCCUUGGCCCAAGCCGCAUUGCUGUCUGCCUUUACUUUCAUCAUGGAGAGAUUAGUAAUGUGACGGUGAUCUCAGUAAACUAAUUUUUAAUAAUAAGGCUCUAAGUUCUUUAUGUAAUGCUUUACAAAUUCCUCAUAAUGCUGGAAGGAAUUGCAAAUAAUCGCCAGGGUGAUUAAUACAGUCAAGCGUUGUUUCCAUGUAAAUGAAUGGCUCCAUUGAACAUUUAAUGUUCAUGGUAUACCUACAACUUAGUCACCACCAUAAGGACUGAAAUGGAAGUAGAGAAAUAAGUUAUCUUAUAAUGUUUCAAAUUACUUAUCUCAAGAUUAAAGCAAUAUAUAGAUGUUGUUGAGGACAAAAGAUUUCAUGCAGUUAGUAAUCAGUUCAUUGUUCUUAGGAAUGAAAGUAAGUUAUUAUUAUUAUGAUUAUUAUUUUUAUUGGGGAGGAGGCCUUCACUGAGGACAGUAGCAUUGAAUGUUAUAGCCGUUUCAAUAAAAUUCAAUUUAUAUAGAAUCUUCUCAAUUCUUCUCAUUAUUUUUUCUCAUCAGCAUGUAGCUAGUAUAUCAGGUUUCCUAAGGACAUAUAAAGAUUUCAGUUGUCUUAUGUUUAUUAUUAUUAUUAAACAGAAUGGCUGGAUAUAUGAGAAUCCUCAGUCUUGAAUGCUUACAAUCAUCAUGCCUUCUACCUGUUCUUUUUGGAAUACCACUUCUGACACAAACAUGUCACCCGAGGCCUGGUGGAUAACAAGUAUGUUCUCUUUCCCUGGGCUUCCAGGGGGGAGAAGAAAUGCCAUGGGCAGGUGGUGUCUUCAGGAGAACAGCACCCUCCCUACUGAGAAUGAGACGACCAUUAGACUGUUCUACAUGGGCUACAAGAAACUCAAUAUACAUAAGAAGACAAGGCAGCCAUGAAGAACAUCACUAGUGCCUGUGUAAAACCCACUGAUCGGAAGACUGCCCAGUACUUCACAAGGAACAGCCCCAUUAUUAGCAAUGAUCCUAUGAUGAGGAGAGGAAGGAUUUACCAAAUAUUUUGGCCUAACAAUGGAUGCUACUGUUAGUACAUUGGUAUGACUACAACUCACCUUUCCCAGAGGAUUGCUGUUCAUCCAUGAAGGGGUGGUAUAUCAGCACUACAUAGGGAUCACAGCAGUGACUCCCUUUGCCAGAAGAUUGUUAGGAGUACAAAAAUCUUGGACUGCAACGAUGUCCAUUGCCAUAUCUGAUAUUAGGAGGCCCUCACCAUAACCCGAUGGAAACCAUUGUUGAACGUGACCCAGGAAAUCCAUCUCCCUACCACCUUCGGGAGAACAGCAUAGUGCACCCCUGAGGUAACCCUUCUGUCACCCACAACUUCAGGAAACAUGCCCUAAGAUCAGAACUCCUGGGACCUAGUGUCAACCAAUCAGAGCCUUUGUCAGACUCUUCUGGAUGAAUCACUCCACUCCUAGCCAGUAGGAGGACCCCCUUGGUUUUUGUAGCCAAUUAAAAAUCAGCUAGAAUUUCUCUAAGCCUGCUCAUGGAUAGAAGUAUGCCAUAAUUGUAUCCCUGGUAAAUGGUAUAAAUUAAUACUGAAACAUCACAGAAUAUAUGAACUUUGGUCAGCUGUUUUAUAAUUUACAUGCUGCUACAGACAUUCAUUUAAGAGAUUCAGACACUGCUAUACAAGCUCAAUGGUAUUCAGAUAGUCAUUCUGUUUAAUGAAGUUUAGUCAAAAGAGGCUCUUCCGAGUUAUUAUCAUUGUCAUCAUCAUCAUCAUCAUCAUCAUCAUCAUCAUUGAAGACAAUUAAGAACAAUCACAUUCCUUAGAGAUGAAGAUGAAACAAAACCCUGUUCUUUAGUGUAAGUCUUGGUUCAUUGUGUAAAUUACUGUGCACACAAAGUUUGAAGAUUUUAAGUGUACAUUUUAACAAUUUACCAAGACUUACUCACAAGAAAAAGGUCAUAUUUUAUCAUUAUUAUUAUUAGUACAAGACCACUGAGUCACAUUUCUAGAUACUCUUUGGAGCAAGACAAAGCCAAAGUAAUUUGACAGCUUAUAGGGAGGAGAACCAAAGGGAACAGGUAAAGGUAUGAAAUGAUGCAAUUGUUGCCUAAAGAAUGCUGUAAAGAACCUUUUUUACCAUUUACAAUAUGCAACUCAAGGCUCCCUGUUGAUGGAAGGCUCCCUGUAGAUGGUACUUCUCUGCAAGGAUAAAAUCUGAAAAGAAAUCCUUUUAGAGAUUUCUAGUAACUUUCAUUGUAUUAGAUUGAAAAUGGAAAUCCUCCUCAGUUAUUGCUGUUUAGCACUUCUGUUGUGUACUGAAAUUGUAUGUUUAUUGCUUAAACAUAUUUGGGGUUAUUUGUUUACUGUAGUACAAUUUUAUAUUACCUAGUUUGAAACAUAGCCUAAUAUUGUUGAAAAGUCAUUUUUUAAAAGGUAUUUGACACAGGAUAUAGAUUUACAUAAUCUACUUUUUAAUUUUCCUGUCCACAUUUGGAUGUGUGCCAUAAAGGUUUACACACCAUUUAAUAGUGAUUUAAUAAAUCUUUCAUCCGUGUGGAUAAGCCAUAAUAGGUUUGGUUGAGCAGCUUAUGUUUUCAUUCUAAGGUGAAUGGUAGCAGUUGUGGUGCAAUUUUUAGAAAUCCCUUAAUACUGUACAAAGAAAGUGCACUAUCAUUUGAAAGAUAUUUAGCAGGAUUCUUUUCUCAUUACUUUAUGAGUAAUUGUUUCUUAAGGGAUAGUUCAUGUUUAGUUGUUGAUUAGAAACAAUUUUGUAAUAUUAUUAAUAUUCUCUUGUGAUUUUGACAAAUAAAUAUCAGAGAUAUGUUAAAUUUUGCUCUCUAGUACAGUAGUAUGUUAGUUAUUGGAUUUCUGCCUCCUGACUUAGUUUAUAUUAAAAGAAAAUGAAGAAAAUGCUGAAGAUGAUUUUCAUAAAAGAAAUAAAUGUGUUGGGCUAUAAAAUGACUUAAGAUGUUUCCCUUAAAGGAGGGCUUGAAGGCCAUUUACAGUACUUGGAGGGCACUGUUAUGUUAAAAAAAACUUUUUAUCACAAAAGAGUGACCUUAGUGUUGUAGCCUUCAAAACUUUAACUUGGUUAUCAUAAGUUCUUAUUGACUGCUGGAGAUUAUAUUUUAGUAACAAAGCUUCAAGUUGUCCAUAGAAUAUAGCUGGAUGUUUAUUCAUUUUAUAUUGAUUUUCUUCAUUAAAAUCAAAUAGUAAAUGUAUUUAUUGCAUUUCAUCAUUAUGCAAAAUGUCAUUAAAGCCUAAUUCUUUUGUAGCAUGAUAACUAUUAAUUUCUAAACUACAAACUACUUCCAUAUUUUUAGUGGUCUGAGUCAAUUAUCUAAUGAUAACAAAACAAUGACAGAUCAUACUUACACAAUGAACCAUGUAGUGAGGGAUUUAGUAAAUUCUGUUAUAUGUAUUUUUGUAGUGAUAUUGUGGUCCAUCCUGCAAAAAGAAUUGCUCCAGUACGAAAGCAUAUGCUUUUGUACAGAUUUUAAUUUAAUUUUAAUAUAUUCAGGCAUUUUAUUCUAAUUCUUCAGGCUAUCCCUGUUAAACGAAGUAAGUAUUGUUUUCUUAGAUGAAUCAGCAUACUGUAUGUAUUAUACAGAAAAAGUAAGUUAUUUUUAUAUUUUUUUUAUUUUCAGGAUGUUCACAUCACCUUUAAUAUUAAGAUGUAAAAGCGUAAUAGUCAACACUUUAGAUCCUAAGUCUAUACUAUUUGUAUUAGAUAAUUUCUUGUCAUUCUAGAGGUAAGUUUCAGGCCCACACUUUGCAUUCUCUUUUUAUUGUAAUGAAAACAUUUCCAUCUCAUUACUUAAAAAUAUAUACUAUAUGUACGUACUGUAAAUUGUAUUUUUUUAGUAUUGCACAUAUUCUUUGUAUUUAUUACCUUAGAUAUACACAAGCAAAGUUACUGGUAAUAUUCUAUGCAGCAUUGUAACAGUUGUUGUAGGCUUCCAGAAAUAUUUUGCAUUAUACUAAAAGGUAAAAUAGUAGUGUCAUAGGAAACUGUGAUAUUGAUUCAAAACAAAGCUUUUCUAAGUAUAGUCUAUCUUUUUUGUUAAAAAGUAAUAUAUUAAGCAUCACCUUAUUGUUGAAAGGUGGUGAUACAUGAUAUAUUACUCGUAACAAUAUCUUUUACUUUUUCUAAGUACUAAUUUCUUAGUUUAUUUGCCAAUAUUCAAAGUACAAUAUUUUGUUAUACUGAAUGGGUAUUAACAAUUGAAACAUAGAUACAGUAUGGGGGAUACUUAAUGCUAUGUAUAUUUAGUUAAAUAUAGUUUUUU